UGUAAAACCUCGUUCUUACAUUUAUUUAAAUAGAUAUUCUGACACACGGGCUCUCAAACGUUUUGCAGCCAGGGACCGCUUUAACUAUCAAAUUAAUUACACAGAACUGCUUAGUAGCCUACAGAUUUACUUUAUGAACAUAUCCCAACUAUUUAAAUAUUAAAGUACAAUAAUAUUCUGGUUUUUUUGUUUUUUUGGGGGGGUUGGAGCAAUAGAACUUUUUAUUCCUGAACUUUCCACUUACAGAACAUAUUUUUAAAUGACGAUUGCCAUGAGAUUUCAGUUGUCAUUAUUUAUAAGCCUGUUUGUUUUUGAGUGAUUGAGGUUUGAAUUAAGCCCAAUCCAUUUAAGUGACCAGUCAAACAGACUAACUAUCAGAACUAAAUAGUACAUAUAAUACAUUUUGAUAAUGGAGGGUUGUAAUGGUUGUAAUUCAAAACACGAGUAACAGCAACAACCAGUGCAAGAGAAAACUUCAUGUGUACGCACCAUUUCCUCUGAACACUACAAGAGAAAACCGCAUGGGUGUGCACCUCUGAUACUGUCACGUUUCUAUAAGUGUAUCAUCAGAGGAGGAAGUGCACAUGCAGAAAACCAAACGCUCCUGAAGAUAAACUUUCUCUACUUAAACUAUGAAGAAAUCGCCUGAACAUGAACAAAGCAACGAUUAUUUAUACUUUCGUCUUUUUCUUACAUCUCCAGCAGUCGCGUUGUGCUCCACAGGUCAGGCUUUUCGAGAGGCAGAGCGCUGGUUCCACGCUCCUCACAUGUCAAGUGACUGGGUUUUACCCCAGAGCAGUGCAGGUGAAGUGGAUUGGGGAAGAUUUACAGCUGGUGGAGGACGAGAUGAAUGAUGUGCUGCCUAAUGGUGAUGGCACGUUUCAGACUGGAAGCAGUGUGAUCAGACCUGAGGAGAACACAGGAGAUCAGCGCUACAGCUGUGUAGUGCAUCACAGCAGCCUAGAGGGAAAUAUUACAGUCACCUGGGGUAAAGAAGAGAAACCCUUCAGACUUUAUGUUUGGAUUCCACUGGGCUGCGUUUUCAUCGUCACUGUAGUCGGGCUUGUAAUACGAGGCUUCUGUUAUAAUAAAGCUUUUGUUGUUGCAGGUCAAUUCAUUCUCCUCUCCUGAGAAGAUCGAGCUGUCUAUCCUCAACCUCAAACUCCUACAGUCCUCAGGUCUAGCUGUUUCUUCUCGGAUAUUUGCACACGUCUCGUCUUCACUCAAGUCAAGUCAAUAUUUACGUAUUGUGUUUAAGUUCUGUCAUGGGUUUUAGUUUGUUUCUGUGUCUAGCGUGUUCGUUUGCGUUCUUUCACCCAUGAACUCCUUGUGUUUCAUUUGUUAAACACUGACUACUGUGUGUUUUUAUUGUUUUUGUUUUGUGUGUGAAAUUUAAACACCUGUUUAUCAGGUAGGUUUUAUUUAACUUCAUGUUUGUGUUAUUAUUUAUUUUCUUAGGCAUGAUUUUACGCUGAAGUAUUAGAAGUCCAAGCACACAGUGCUACUGGGGAGGACUAGUUUUUGUUAAGAUGUUGUAGGGGUCCAGGCUCCUACUGUAAUGUUCGUUCCCGUAAAUAAAGGCUGAUUAGUUACGA